GAGCCAAUAGCGAGGAGCAUCGGGAGCGAGGUGUGGGGGGCGGGGCUCGGCCUGGCAGCAGCCAUUUUGGUGCGAGAGAAACAAUAGGACGGAAGCGGCGGGGAACCGAGCCGAGGCAGCAGAGUGUCCUGGCCAGAGCAAGCCAAGAAACCAAGUCGAGAGGGACACACAGACAGACAACAGACAGAAGACGUACUGGCCGCUGGACCCUGCCGCCUCCCCCUUCUUCCCACCAUCUGCGCCCGGAGGAUGAGCCCAGCCUUCAGGGCCAUGGAUGUGGAGCCCCGCGCCAAAGGCGUCCUGCUGGAGCCCUUUGUCCACCAGGUUGGGGGGCACUCAUGCGUGCUCCGCUUCAAUGAGACAACGCUGUGCAAGCCCCUGGUCCCAAGGGAACAUCAGUUCUACGAGACCCUCCCUGCUGAGAUGCGCAAAUUCACUCCCCAGUACAAAGGUGUGGUAUCUGUGCGCUUUGAAGAAGAUGAAGACAGGAACUUGUGUCUAAUAGCAUAUCCAUUAAAAGGGGACCAUGGAACUGUGGAGAUUGUAGAUAAUUCAGACUGUGAACCAAAAAGUAAGCUCCUAAGGUGGACGACAAACAAAAAACAUCAUGUCUUAGAAACAGAAAAGACCCCUAAGGACUGGGUGCGCCAGCACCGGAAAGAGGAGAAAAUGAAGAGUCAUAAGUUAGAAGAAGAAUUUGAGUGGCUAAAGAAAUCUGAAGUCUUGUACUACACUGUAGAGAAAAAGGGGAAUAUAAGUUCCCAGCUUAAACACUAUAACCCUUGGAGUAUGAAAUGUCACCAGCAACAGUUACAGAGAAUGAAGGAGAAUGCAAAGCACCGGAACCAGUACAAAUUUAUCUUACUGGAAAACCUGACUUCCCGCUACGAGGUGCCUUGUGUCCUUGACCUCAAGAUGGGCACACGACAACAUGGUGACGAUGCUUCAGAGGAGAAGGCGGCCAAUCAAAUCCGAAAAUGUCAGCAGAGCACAUCUGCGGUCAUUGGUGUGCGUGUGUGUGGCAUGCAGGUGUACCAAGCAGGCAGUGGGCAGCUCAUGUUCAUGAACAAGUAUCAUGGACGGAAGCUGUCGGUGCAGGGCUUUAAGGAAGCACUUUACCAGUUCUUCCACAAUGGGCGGUACCUGCGCCGUGAACUCCUGGGCCCUGUGCUCAAGAAGCUGACUGAACUCAAGGCGGUGUUGGAGCGACAGGAGUCCUACCGCUUCUACUCAAGCUCUCUGCUGGUCAUCUAUGAUGGCAAGGAGCGGCCCGAAGUGGUCCUGGACUCAGAUGCUGAGGACUUGGAGGACCUGUCAGAGGAGUCAGCUGAUGAGUCUGCUGGGGCCUAUGCCUACAAACCCCUCGGCGCCAGCUCUGUAGACGUGCGCAUGAUUGAUUUUGCACACACCACCUGCAGGCUGUAUGGGGAGGACACAGUGGUGCAUGAGGGCCAGGAUGCUGGCUAUAUCUUCGGGCUACAGAGCCUGAUAGACAUUGUCACAGAGAUAAGUGAGGAGAGUGGAGAGUGAGCUUGCUAGCUGCUCCAGUACCUGAGAGACUCUGUGUCCCUGGCACAGCUGUGCUGCGUCAGGGAGGAGGCCAGUAUGGCCAGGUGGUGGCUCCUGCAGCCUGGAGCUGAUGUGCAGUGGCCUCUGUGAGCCCCAGCCUGAGCCAGCCCCAGCUACGCUUGGAGUCUUUAUUUAUUUUAACAAUUUCUUCAACAUUCCACAUUUGAUGAUGAUACCUCUUUCUUCCCCGAGUGUAUCUGUCCUAAUACAAAUCUUUUUGUUUAUUGUA